AUACUCAGACACUAAAACCAAAACAAAACAGCAACCAUGUUCGCUCUUCAUUGCUUUGGGCUUGGAUCCUGACUCUGCACCCAGCCUUCACGAUGGAAGAUUCCGCUUCUCGGCGACGCACCACUCGCCGCAGAUCAUGGUGUUGCUCUUUCACCGUGCCUCCUUCCAGUCCUGAAAAUCUGUCUUUCUCUCACCACCGCUCAAGUUACAAGACCCAUUUCCAGCAGAAGGGUGACUCCCUGUCCAAGCUCACCUCCAAUUCGGUCCCCAGUUCGCCUCAGAGCUCUAAAUCCGGGUUAACUCUCAUGGGUCUGAUCGACCCUCGUCGGAUUCUCUCUCCCGGCAGAGUCUCCCCCAUCGACCAGCAUGAUUCCGUCCAAGAACCUCCCCGCAACCAACCCUUGGAUGUUGACGCUAGACCCCGUUCGAGAUCGGUGAGUUUUCGGGCCAAUAUGGAGAAACCGGAGCCCAAUUCGUGUUCGGAUCCAGCCCGCGACGAAGCUUACGAUGUGAGGCUAAACUUGAAGGGGACGAAUGGAGGGAUUCUGGUGCUAGAGCUGAAUUCGGGAGUUUUGGCGGCAAACUCUGAACUUUUCGCUGGCUUGAUUGCGGAUUCUUCAGAGAAGAAAAUAUAUAGAAUAGAGGUGCCGGAGGUGGAGAAUUUGGGAGUUUUUAGGGAGACUAUUGAGCUUAUGUUUGAAGAAGAUAUCACUAGGAAGCUCUUGAAGUUUGGGGUUUAUAGAGCUCUUGAUAUACUUGAGGUAUCAGCCAGCAUUAUGUUUAAUAAAGCUGUUUUGUCCUGUUUAAAGUACCUAGAAGCUGUUCCUUGGACCGAGGAAGAGGAGGAAAAAUUGAGGAACCUUUUUACGAGGUUUAAGUUUGAUCAUGCUACUACGGGAGAAAUUUUGGCUAGAUUCUAUCCACAUGACUCGGUAGAUUCUGAGCAAAAUUUAGCCAGACAACUUGUAUCCUCCAUCACCACCUGCAGCGAUGACAAUGCAAGAAAUGAGCUAAAGUCAAUGGUCAAGGGUCUUCUUUGUAAAAGUGCAAUCUAUGAGAAGGAGCAACCUGAUGUCGGUAAAAACGAUCUCUAUGCUGUUUGCCACUCAUGCGUGAGCUCACUUGUUAACCUGUUCGAGGAGGCCUCUGAUGCCAUCCCUCAUGAAAGAAUGGCCAAAAAGGAGAAAAAUAGGCCUCUAAUUGAACGCAUCUCAAGGCAAGUGGAUAACAUUAAUUGGCUGCUAGAAAUCAUGCUUGAUCAACAAAUGGCAGAGGAAUUCGUGGAUUUCUGGGCCAAUCAAGCACAUUUACUUAAAGUGCAUGAGGUCGCAUCUCCAAUGAUUAGGUAUGAGCUCAGUCGGGUUUCAGCAAAUUUAUUUAUUGCAAUGGGCAUGCGGAAGCUGCACUGCCACUCAAAAGAAAGAUCAGUGCUUUUCCAAGCAUGGUUUGGACCAAUGCUGGGGGACUUUGGUUGGCUGCAAAGAUGCAGAAAGGGGCUUGACGUGAGGGCCUUGGAGGAAGCAAUGGGUCAGACACUCCUUACACUUCCUUUGAAGCAGCAAUAUGUGUUGUUUAUGGAAUGGUUCCGAUGUUUCUCCAAGCAUGGAAGUGAAUCCCCCAAUCUCAGCAAAGCCUUCCAGAUUUGGUGGCGCAGAUCAUUCCUUAGGGGCUCUGAAACUUAUGCCAUUGAGGCCAGAUGAUCAUCAAUAGCAUUCUCCCCCCCCCCCCCCCCCUUCCCUUUUUUUUUCCUAUUUUCCCUUUUUUUUAAACUCUCCUCCCGUUUGUGUAGAAGUGAGGUAGUAUAGCUGACAGGAUUCUAAACCAUAUUGGAAUAAUGUAGGUCAACUACGCAGAAUUGUUGUCAUAGUAGCUAUUGGGGUCAACUAAUAGUCCUCUUUUGGAAUGAUCCUCGUCUUUCAAUAUGAUAAGCUGAAUGCCAUUGUCAAACCAGAGAAAGUAGGGGAGUAUCAAAGUGCAGGGCGAGACCUGACUUGCUCUGGCAUAGCUUCCGCAGGGAGUUAUCUUUUUAGAUUCUAGAUAUUGAGGGUUUCAAAGAUUGUAUUCUAAGUUUAUGAGAUCAAUAGGGAUUCCUUACGAGAUCAUGUCAUUUUUCUUCUUUAAAUGGAGCAUAUUCAAGGCAAAUGCUUGUGUAAUAGAUAUUUGAUCCACUU